GGAAGUUCGAAUUGAGGGUUGGCAGGCGACCGGCAACCGCUAGAGGGCAACCAUGCACCUCUUUGAACUUUACUGACGCCAUCCCAUCCUCGAAGCCUUGAUCGCCCCUACGCAAGUGCUCAACCCGCAUUCUUACGAAGACGUUAAGGUAGCUGCCGUCGAUCGCGCCGACUCGAAUACCCUACGCGACAUGCUAUAAAGUAGAACGAAUACCCGCUAUCCUUUCCACCUCGAUAUCGCGAGUCCUCGGCCUCGGGCGCCGCGACCCAGACCAGGGAACCCCUCCUCAAAUAUCACAAUGAGUGAUCUCGAUAAAGCUAUCGCGCAACUGCGCGCUUGUCGACCGAUACCCGAAGCGCAAGUCCGAGAGCUAUGCCACAAGGCUCGCGAGCUGCUCAUUGAGGAAGGAAACGUUGUCACGGUCACAGCCCCCGUCACGAUAUGUGGCGACAUUCACGGCCAGUUCCACGACCUCAUGGAGCUCUUCCGAGUAGGCGGCGAUGUUCCCGAUACCAACUACCUCUUCAUGGGUGACUUUGUAGACCGCGGCUUCUACUCCCUCGAGUCCUUCCUCCUUCUCCUCUGCCUCAAAGUCCGCUACCCCGACCGCAUGACCCUUAUCAGGGGCAACCACGAAUCCCGCCAAAUCACUACCGUCUACGGCUUCUACGACGAGUGCCUUCGGAAAUACGGCUCCGCCAACGUCUGGCGAUACUGCUGCGACGUAUUCGACUACCUCGCCCUCGGCGCCAUCGUUCUCGGCGCAUCACACACAUUCAACUCCACCCCGGGACAAGACCCCAUCAGCGAAGAUACUGAGAUUGAGGUCUGCGACCAGAACGGCUCAACAAUGAGCCGCUUCCCCCGACAGAGACGACCACAAAGGCAACCUACGAAUAGCCCCAACGGUGCCCCCUCGUCCGGCGGCGACAAGACAGGCCCGCCAGGUAGCGGCGCAUCAGGAAGCGCGUCAGGUUCCAUAGGCAACCCCGCCGGAGCCAUUCUCUGCGUUCACGGCGGUCUUUCCCCGCUUAUAGACAGCGUAGAUAAGAUCCGGCUGCUGGACAGAAAGCAGGAAGUCCCCCACGAGGGCGCCAUGUGCGACCUGCUCUGGUCCGACCCGGACGAGAUCGACGGCUGGGGCCUGUCGCCGCGCGGUGCGGGCUUCCUCUUCGGCGCCGAUAUCGUCCGCGACUUCAACCACAAGAACGACCUCUCGCUCAUCGCGCGCGCCCACCAGCUGGUCAUGGAAGGCUUCAAGGAGAUGUUCGACGCCAGCAUCGUGACGGUGUGGUCGGCGCCCAACUACUGCUACCGCUGCGGCAACGUGGCGGCCAUCCUCGAGCUGGCCGAGGACGAUUCGGGCACGGGCGUGUUUGCGCGCAGCAACGGCGAUCGGGGACGCAGCGACGGUAAUAUCCGGGGCACCGACGACCAGGUGCUCCUCCCCGGGCCCGCGAGGAGGUACCGCGUGUUCCAGGCCGCGCCGCAGGAUUCUAGGGGCAUGCCUGCGAAGAAGCCCGUGGCGGACUACUUUUUGUAAGGGUGAGGUGGUUUGGUCAUGGACUCUAUCUCCCCCAGUGGAGGCGAGAGAUAUUCCCGGUAUAAUGACGAUACCAAAGCGUUUUUUUUGUUUCAAACGGCACAAAACACUUUAAGACGAAAAUAGCGAAAAAAGACAGAACGGAAUGGUCAGCGUUACUGGGCAAAAUUUACGUGUUUCCCCCUGAUCGUGUACGUAUAAAGGUCGGUGGAGUUAAGAGGAGUUG